AAUUACUCUUAAUUAAAAAACGAAAAAGCAUGGCUCUAAAGGAUAAAAAAAACGAUAAUUCCCAGUUUCUCAACGAGAAUAUUCCCUUUUCUCAGGUGCUGCUGGUUACUAGCAAAGAAGAAAAGGCCAUUGUUAGCCGGCAGGAAGCAUUAAACCAAGCCAAGAGUCUCGAAGGUGCGACAGUAAAAGUCAACUUAGUUAUGGUUGGUAAGGGAAGAGUUCAUCUCGCUCACGAAAAAUGUCAAAAAUUAAUUGAAGAAAUCAAAGCCCAAGUUCCUAAAAUUGAGUUAAAAGACAAUAUUCCUGGAAUAAUUCAAGGUCUCUUAUUUUGCAUGGAUGGUUUUGUUUCUGCUUUGUUGAAAUCUCCCUUUAAUCAAAUGUGUUAUGCGAUUAAUAAAGCAGAAGGAAUAAGUUAUAAAAAAAGGGAUAGCAUAAUAACUAAGGCCACUGAGUCGAACGAACAUUGCAAAGAGACUUUGAAGAAAUUUGGGGUAUUAACCAUUAGUGGAGAAGUAAUUAAAGUUAUUUUAUUAGGAGCAAAAGAGGCUGGAGAUAAAGAAAAGUUUGGUCCCUACUGA